AUGCAGAAAACGAAACCUGCAGUAACGGCGACGACGACGUCGCCCAAGGCGGCGCAGGCACCCAAGGAGCCCACCAUCACCAUCAUCUCAAGCGACGGGGAAGCCUUCUCACUGAUCCCCAGCACCAUCGCCCACUCGCACCUGCUGGACGACGCCGUGCGUAGAUGGGCAGAGGUCUAUCAAGCGAAGGUGAACGAACGGACCGGCGCACUCUGCACCCCGACGAAUGCGAACGACGACGCAGACGAUGCUACGGCGGAUGACCUGGAGGAGACGCCUGAUGAAACCUACAUUGCCCGCUUCUACGAAGAAACCGCGAGUGAUGUGACGGCGACGAGCGGCACCGUGGAAGACCUGGGUAACGGCGGUGGUGCAAGCGCCGCCGCCGCCGACGACGACGACGCAGAAUCAAAGAAACAGCAGAGGCGUCCACAUGCCGCUCGAACGAAGAGCGCGCGGUCCCAUGACGAAGAGGACGCACAUCACCCUAAGAAAGUGGCGCCGCCGUUUGAGUUGGCGGACGCCGAUGAGGGGACGUCGGCGGCGAGACGGGCUUCAGGCGAUGCGGCGAGCAACCUCCGCGGUGCCGACAAUGGGGACACCGACUCGGACCGCACCGCCAGCGUGCUGCCCUCCUCAGUGGAAAGCUCUAUGUCGAGCACAUCAAGUCCGUUGAAGUCGCAGAGCAACGGCGGAACUCCGACGCGGACCAGUGAUGCGGCGGGGGUGUUAACCGAAGUGGCAGGAGUGCCACGCUCCACCCUGAUGCCUCGCUCGGACACCCACGCACAGCCGUCGCCGAUGUUGACAGCAUCGUUGCGCCAUUCCGCCGCCGCCGUCGGUGAGGCAAGCCGCCGCGGAACCGUAUGCAACACGCCGACAGGGGCAACCGCCCAUGCUUCGACGACCACGGCCGCCACCACCAAGAGUCGUAACUCGCGCUCCCCCGUCGCCGCCGUCACCUCCCCCUCCGGCCGCAGCUCGCAUGUGUCUCAGUCGGCGCUGAUGGACACUGACCAGUCGACACCGAGCGUGCUCAGCGGCGAGGAAGGCGACGAAAGGGAUGAAGAACGAGGCCGCGAUGAGGGUGCUGCCGGUGCGAGUGGCGGCAAGCGACCCUCGCGGGACUCUCGCAAUCUAGGCGAUGAGGGACUCGACAGCGUAGAUGUCUCCUCGUCCUCCUCCGAGUUGAUGUCGCCGUCAGGGAGCCCGGCCUGCCCCACCGCGGCAGUGCCGAAUGGCCGUGGCACGCGGCACCACAGGGACCCAGUCGCCCCGACCCCGUCCAGUGUCGCUUCCAAGACGACCUCCUCCUCCUCGUCACACCUCACCUCGUCUGGUGGCGGCCGCAGCAAAGGUCACCGGCGCAGCAGCACCGUCGUCAAGGUUGGUGCGGCAGAGGCAGAUGACGACUUCAGUGUGGACGCCAAGGGUGAUGUGGCUAGGGCGGGCGUAGGAGUGGCGUUGGGCACCGCGGCAGCAGCAGCGAUGACUUCUGCUCGAAGUGAACGCAGCGGCAGCGGUAGCGACCGCCCCAGCGCGCCGCCUCCGCCUCCGGAUUGGUGCUCCCCCAGCAGCUGCCACCAGCGCACGCCGUGCAUGACGGACGAGGACGAUGUCGGCGCAAUGAUGGCCGAGGACGGGCCUGGUGCGCAGGGUGGCACCCCAAUCACGCUUAGGUCAAGCGGUACAGAAGGCAUUGGCUGCUCGUCGCCGCCUGCCAAGCCUCCACCCGCACAUGGCGCAAGAGGAGCCACCACGGUUUCCAUGCCGUCGUCGAUGGAUCGCACCUCGCUGACCUCCGCCACACCCGCUGCCGCGUCCGCCAGUGCGGCCGCAGUGACUGCCGUAGCCACCAAGAAAAACAGCGGCGGCGCCGCCGUGAAGUCCCCCGCGAGUACCCUCGCCUAUGCGGACGGCAUCCGCAUCACGUCCAGCGCCAUUGUGUUUGGCCUCGCGCCAUCCGUCUCGCCGCGCGCCUCUCCGAGCUCUGAGAAAGCCGCUGCCGCUCCGACCGUCAACAUUCGCUCCUCCACGCUGCUCGUGUGCAUCAAGUACAUGAAGCACUUCGCCGAGGCGGAGGCGCAGGCAGCGGCUGACGCAGCCGCAGCUAGCAAGCGCCGAAAACAUCUGCGCCACAAGUAUCGGCGUCACAAGCAUCGGCACGGUCGCCACAGCAGUGACAGCAGUGGGGACGACGACGAAAAGGACAGCAGCGCGACGGGCACCUCCUCCGCGUCCUCACUGUCGAUCACGUCGGCGUCCUCCUCGGACAACACUGACGAGGACGACGGCGGCGACGACACUGAAGUUUCGACGGUCAGCGACUCAUCCUUCGGCCCAAUGUCUGUUGGGGCGCCCUCAGGCGGUCCGUGCGCAAGUGGUGGGGCGGUGAGAAAAGGUUACCUAGCUGGCGCGGCGCGCGGCACAGCACCCGGCACCCCGGCGUCGCCUCUUGGUGGGCCCGCCGUCAUUCCGGCGCCUCUCACGACGCCACUAGUGGCGCUUCUCUCCCCAUGGGAGCGGAACUACCUCUAUAUGGACUUACUCGGCGCGCCCGAGACGGUGCUCGCAGCGUCGCUCGCCAUCCUAGACGUCUGCCCUGGCUUCGAUUACGGCUCUCCGAGCGUGCACCUGGGGGACGCCAAGGUGAAGGCAGCUCUCAUGGCCCCACCGCCACCGCCGGAGGGAGUGCACACGCUCGUCGAAGUCAUGGCCGCGGCAAAGCAGCUGCAAAUUUACCCCUUGCACGCCCUCUGUGCCGGGUGGUUGGCCGACUUCAUGAUCCGAGCGUCGUACGGGGCGAAGGACAACUUCGAGGCGGCGCACCUGAUUCGGCAGUGUCUUCGUGCGACCAGUGACUGGAGUCGGCGGGAGACGGACUGCCUGAAGAUCGAAAACGAGUGGCCGGCGAAUGAGGAGUCCGAGUAG